GUGAUGAUUUGGAGCUGUCAUACUGGGCCAGUAAUACUUGCAUUCACCAAUAAUUACAAAAAGCCAGUGGUGUGGGCGCUAAAAACGAAUGCUAUAAGACGUCUUGCUGCAUUUCCAACUACUGGAAUAAUUCCGCCCUCAGAAACAGUUCAA